AUUUCACGAGCAGGCUGUUCCGUUGAUCGGACCAACUGGAACCCUCGACGUCGUAAGCGACGCAGUGCCAACAACAACAAUCUUCCACUAUAAUAACAGAAAUCCACCUUCGUCGUCGUAACUUGUUUUUAGAGGAAGUGCCCUAUUUUUAACUUCUGUUCUAGAGACUUAUCAACCAGCGUUGUUUGCCGAGCACAAGUCUUAAUCUUCAUUUCUAUUAUUAACUGAUAACAUUGGCAUAAAAGAAGUUUUUUCACAGAGGAUAUAUCUUCUAUAUUUAUGAUCUCUUGAAGAUUAAGGAGAAUGUUAAGCAGAAGAGAUACAAUCCUUUUAUGAUAAAUCUAUGACAGGAUCACUGUGAAAUACUUGCUCUGAAUUGAGAAGAACAACAGCCUGGUGUGUUUGAAUUGCAAUUAAACUUAUAUGGAUUUCUAAGAGUUCUCAGGAUAUUCAAGUUUCAGAGAAGACUGUAGCAGAUAAUGGUGGAAAUAUUUGAAAAGAAUAAACUGUAAUUAGAAUUUAAUACUGUGGAAAAUUUUAAAUAUUUGAUCUAUUUUCAUCCAUUGAAGAAAUGCCGAAAGCUAUAUGUAAAUCAUCACAUGAUUGUGAUAUUUGUGGUAAAUCAUUCAGGUCAAGUAGUCACAUAAUUAUUCACAAGCGUAUUCAUACAGGAGAGAAACCAUUUCAUUGUGAUAUUUGUGGCAAAUCAUUCUCUCAAGAUGGUAUCCUAUCUAGACACAAACGUAUUCAUACAGGAGAGAAGCCAUAUCCCUGUGACACCUGUGGCAAAUCCUUUUCUCUUAGUAAUGCCUUAGUUAAUCACAAGCGUAUUCACACAGGGGAGAAACCAUAUUGCUGUGAUGUCUGUGGUAAAUCAUUCUCACAGAAUAGUACAUUAAUGAAACAUGAACGUAUUCAUACAGGAGAGAAGCCAUAUCACUGUGAUAUCUGUGGUAAAACAUUUGCUUUAAAUAGUGGUUUAACUUCUCAUAAACAUGUGCACACUGGAGAGAGGCUAUUUCACUGUGAUAUCUGUGGUAAAUCAUUCUUUAAGCAUAAUCUCCUACGUAAUCACAAACGUAUUCAUACAGGAGAGAAACCAUAUCGCUGUGACAUUUGUGGUAAAACAUUCUCUGUAAGAAGUGCUUUAACUCCUCACAAGCGUAUUCAUACAGGAGAGAAGCCAUAUCAGUGUGAUAUCUGCAGUAAAUCGUUCUCUGUAAGUAGUGCCUUAACUACUCACAAGCGUAUUCAUACUGGAGAGAAACCAUAUCCCUGUGCUACUUGUGGCAAAACCUUCUCUGAUAAUUAUAUCUUAAUUAAUCACCAGCGUACUCAUACAGGGGAGAAGCCAUAUAACUGUGACACCUGUGGUAAAUCAUUCUCACAGAAUGCUACAUUAAUGAGACAUAAACGUGUUCAUACAGGAGAGAAACCGUAUGACUGUGAUAUCUGUGGUAAAUCGUUUGCUUUAAAUGGUGGUUUAACUUCUCAUAAACGUGUUCAUACUGGAGAGAGGCUAUUUCACUGUGAUAUCUGUGGUAAAUUUUUCUCAACUGUAAGUAAUGUAAGUAUACAUAAACGUACUCAUACAGGAGAGAAACCACAUCGCUGUGAUAUCUGUAGUAAAUCAUUCUCUGUAAGUAGUGCCUUAACUUCUCACAAGCGUAUUCAUACUGGAGAGAAGCCAUAUCAGUGUGAUGUUUGUGGUAAAUCGUUCUCUGUAAGUAGUGCCUUAAUUACUCACAAGCGUAUUCAUACUGGAGAGAAGCCAUAUCCCUGUGAUGCCUGUGGCAAAUCCUUCUCUGAUAAUUAUAUCUUAAUUAAUCACCAGCGUACUCAUACAGGGGAGAAGCCAUAUAACUGUGACACCUGUGGUAAAUCAUUCUCACAGAAUGCUACAUUAAUGAGACAUAAACGUCUUCAUACAAGAGAGAAACCGUAUCACUGAU